CGCUGGUGGAAGGUCUGGAAGAACUUUGGCGCAUACCGCGUGACCAGUGGGUGCUGCGCUGGCCGGGUCAGGUGGUCAUCGCAGGCAGCCAAGUGGCCUGGACGGCAGGGGUGGAGGAGUCUUUGAAGGAAUAUCGCCUCGAAGAAUUCUACUACGAGAUGCUGGCUUGCCUAGACAGUCUCCGUGCCCUUGUGAAGGGCGAAUUGACUUACUUCCAGCGUGAAAUCCUCUGCGCAUUAAUCGUAAUCGAAGUGCACGCGCGCGACGUCACCAGCAUGCUCGUUGAAGAGGGUGUCAAGUCAAUCACGGACUUCCAGUGGACUUGCCAGCUCCGAUACUACGAAGUAAUAAAAGCCCCGUAUCCUCUAGAAGAAGGCGAAUCUGCGGAGAUCUACCAAGACGAGGAGCGUCUUGAUACCUCGGCAUAUUACCGCCAGUUCAGCCUCAACAGCUGCGAUGUACGCGCGCUCAACUCCUGUUUCAUGUACCAGAACGAGUAUCUGGGAAACAGCGGUCGCCUGGUGAUCACGCCGCUAACGGACCGCUGCUAUUUGACGCUGAUGUGUGCCAUGCACUUGAAGUUCGGUGGUGCACCCGCCGGGCCCGCUGGAACCGGCAAGACCGAAACUACCAAGGAUUUGGCAAAGGCACUUGCAGUGCAAUGCGUGGUGUUUAACUGCUCAGAUCAGUUGGACUACAUGGCCAUGGGGAAGUUCUUCAAAGGCCUCGCCGCGUCCGGUGCGUGGGCAUGCUUUGACGAAUUUAAUAGAAUCGACAUUGAAGUGCUAUCUGUCAUUGCACAGCAGGUUGUAACAAUUCAAAAGGCCCAGAUAGCUCGCUUAGAGCGUUUCAUGUUUGAGGGUACUGAUUUACCACUCAAGGCCUCCUGCUCAGUCUUCAUUACUAUGAACCCGGGCUAUGCUGGUCGUACAGAGUUACCAGACAACCUUAAAGCACUGUUUCGUCCGAUCGCGAUGAUGGUGCCUAACUAUACACUCAUUGCCGAAAUUUCGCUCUUCUCAUUCGGCUUCAGCGAAGGCAAAGUUCUAGCAAACAAGAUUACUACCACAUUUCGGCUCUCUUCAGAACAGCUGUCGUCACAAGAUCACUACGAUUUCGGCAUGCGAGCAGUGAAGACCGUGAUCACGGUGGCAGGCAACCUAAUCCGGCAGAUGCCCGAUGGCGACGAACGGCAGAUUGUGCUGCGCUCGUUGAGGGAUGUCAAUGUACCCAAGUUCCUGGCCGACGAUCUUUUGUUAUUCAAUGGUAUAAUAUCGGAUCUGUUUCCGCGCGUGGAUAUCCCCAUAGUAGACUAUGGUAUCAUGGAGACGUCCAUUCGCAAUCAACUUAUAAAGCGCGGUUAUGACGACCUUUACACGUUUAUAUUCAAGAUCAUUCAAUUAUACGAGACGACUGUGGUGCGCCACGGUCUGAUGCUGGUUGGGCCUGCAGGCUCGGGUAAAACAAAGUGCUACGAAAUACUCCGUGACGCCCUAACGGCAAUCAAAGGCAAGCUCGCCCCAGACGGAUUCCCUUUCACGCCCGUGCACACGUUCACGCUCAACCCCAAGUCCAUCACCAUGGGGCAGUUGUAUGGACAGUUCGACAUGCAGACGCAUGAAUGGACCGACGGCAUUUUGUCCAAUUUGGUCCGCGCGGGAAUCGCAGUAGAAGACAUGGACAAGCGCUGGUACGUGUUCGACGGGCCAGUGGAUGCCGUCUGGAUUGAAAACAUGAACACUGUGUUAGACGACAAUAAGAAACUCUGCUUAUCGAGCGGAGAAAUAAUGAAGAUGACUGACCGUCAGAGGAUGAUCUUUGAAGUGGCAGACUUGGCCGUGGCCUCUCCUGCCACCGUAUCACGAUGCGGCAUGGUCUAUGUCGAUACGAAGGUCGUGGGACUGCCUCCACUGAUUAAUGCCUGGUUGAAGUCUAAUUUACCACCGAUGGCCGACAAUAUCCGCAAGAUUCUCCCUAAUCUCAUUAACACAUAUGUGUAUCCUGCAUUAACACUGCUAAGGUCGAAACUGACCGAGCUCGUAACGUCAAUUGACUCACAGUUAGUGCUCAAGUUCUUGGAGCUGUUGGACUAUCGACUGCGACCGCUAACUGGAAAGGAUGAUAGACCGCCACCAGGGCCACCUUUCUUGGCGCUUAUGCCGCGGCUGGCGCCGGUGUGGGUGGUAUGGGCCGUGAUCUGGUCAAUAGGCGCCACAUGCGACCACAACGGACGCGCUAUCUUUUCUGACUUCAUCCGCCAAAUUACCAACGAAAACGAUCUUAAGCCGCUAUUCCCCAAGGAAGGUCGCGUUUAUGACUAUACUGUCCACGACGGAGGCUUCACAGACCUUACUGAGGACGGCGAGCCGGCAUCACCUUUCUGGUAUAACUGGAUGGCCAAUCUUGAGCGUUACGUGGUCGACCCAGAGUGGCAAUAUGCAGACAUUGAGGUACCGACAAUGGACAACGUCCGCAGCGCGGCUUUACUCGGAUACAAGGUCGCCAAUUACAACCAUGUGAUCUGUGUGGGGCCCACCGGCACCGGCAAGACUGUCACCAUAACUAGCAAGCUCACAAAGGGACUACACAAAAAGUUUAUUUGCGAGUUUAUUGUGUUUUCUGCGCGUACGUCAUCCAAUCAAACGCAGGACGUAAUAGACGGCAAACUGGAGCGUCGCAAGCGUGGCGUGUUUGGCCCGCCACCCACCAAGAGGCAGGUGUUCUUCAUCGACGACCUCAACAUGCCCGCGCUCGAGGUGUACGGCGCGCAGCCACCCAUCGAGUUGCUCCGCCAGUUCAUGGACUUCUCGGGCUGGUAUGAUCGUCAAAACAUUGGCGAAUUCCGCCUUCUGGUGGACGUGGGCAUCGUGGCGGCCAUGGGCCCGCCAGGUGGCGGACGCAACCCCGUUACGAUGCGGCUCAUGAGGCACUUUCACUACAUUUCCUUUACUGAGAUGGAGUAUUCGAGUAAGUACACAAUCUUCAGCACGAUUCUCAAAUCUUGGACUAAAAACUUCGCAUCCAACGUGACAGUCCGAGAAGAACCCAUCUUAAAGGCUUCCAUCGAAAUAUUUAGCAGCAUGGUUGAGGAGUUGUUGCCAACCCCCGCCAAGUCUCACUACACUUUCAACUUGAGAGAUUUGAGUAAAGUCUUUCAAGGCAUAUUGAUGGUGAAACCUGAUCAAAUCAAAGAGGAAAAUGACGUGAUAAGACUGUGGUACCACGAGCAUCAGCGAGUAUACCAAGAUCGACUAGUCAACGACGAAGACCGCCGGUGGUUUGUUAAGUAA